UUCGUGUGAAGCUAUCCUGAUAAUAACAUACAAGAGUGAGGGCCAUCGCAAAACAUUUAUCCUGACCUCUAUUGGCUCUCCACCACAUGCCUCCUCAACCAUCUCCACGAAUUUUUUCAUGACUCCAUCGCCCAUUAGUCUAUUCAUACAAUUCGCUAAAAUAAAAAACUAUUGUCUUCGGAUUGGCGUUCGACACGCGUUUGGUAGCCCAUUAUUCACUGGCCCCCGGGGCUCGUCGAACCGAACUGGCUCUGCAGUUCCAACUGUUCUUUCCUAUCAGCUUCAUACUUGUCGAAAUCGAAAAACUCGUUCAAAUCAAUGUCGUCAUCAUGGCUCUCCGACAUGUCGAGUAGAUGUUUCAGCGGAACCGGGACUAGGCGCCCUUCAGGCUGGACACGCUCCUUCGCGUCUCUUUGCAUCUUAUCUAUCAGAGCAUUGCCACUGCCGAUUCUGACGCCGAGCGUCACGUCAAUAAAAUUGCUACUGUAGUUGAUGCCAUGGAUUACGUAAUGCUCGACCAUACGCUCACGGUGGCAAGCGUAGUCGAGGAGGUUCUGAGGUUUCUCACGGAGACAUUCCAUGAUCAUUUUCUCGAAGCGCCUGCAGAUAUUGCAGUAAGGGCGGGAUGCUGUUCUGACACCUACGAAGCCAAGGAUGUCUGGAUCGAGGAUAGGUUGACCACCUGUUGUAUGUUAGCAAGGUCCUUCAGCAUGACAUGCUGUUUCAGUGUGGAUGGGCCCAUCGCGCGUUUCGCCUUGAAGAAUAGCCAGUCGAUAGUUGAGACUAGCUGCGGAUACGAAUGCCACGAAAACGAAUACCGCGAACGGCCGUGUGAUUUGGUUUGA